AUGGAGCGGCCCCCGGGGCUGCGGCCGGGCGCGGGCGGGCCGUGGGAGAUGCGGGAGCGGCUGGGCACUGGCGGCUUCGGGAACGUCUGCCUGUAUCAACAUCGGGAACUUGAUCUCAAAAUAGCAAUUAAGUCUUGUCGCCUAGAGCUAAGUACCAAAAACAGAGAACGGUGGUGCCAUGAAAUCCAGAUCAUGAAGAAGUUGAACCACGCCAAUGUUGUAAAGGCCUGUGACGUUCCUGAGGAAUUGAAUUUUUUGAUUAACGAUGUGCCUCUUCUAGCAAUGGAAUAUUGUUCUGGAGGAGAUCUCCGGAAGCUACUCAACAAACCAGAAAAUUGCUGUGGACUUAAAGAAAGCCAGAUACUUUCUUUACUGAGUGAUAUAGGAUCUGGGAUCCGAUAUUUGCAUGAAAACAAAAUUAUACAUCGUGAUCUAAAACCUGAAAACAUAGUUCUUCAGGAUGUUGGUGGAAAGAUUAUGCAUAAAAUAAUUGAUUUGGGAUAUGCCAAAGAUGUUGAUCAAGGAAGUCUUUGUACAUCUUUUGUGGGAACUUUGCAGUAUCUGGCCCCAGAGCUCUUUGAGAAUAAGCCUUAUACAGCCACUGUUGAUUAUUGGAGCUUUGGUACCAUGGUGUUUGAGUGUAUUGCUGGAUAUAGGCCUUUUUUGCAUCAUCUGCAGCCAUUUACCUGGCAUGAGAAGAUUAAGAAGAAGGAUCCAAAGUGUAUAUUUGCAUGUGAAGAAAUGACAGGAGAAGUUCGGUUUAGUAGCCAUUUACCUCAACCAAAUAGCCUUUGUAGUUUAAUAGUAGAACCCAUGGAAAACUGGCUGCAGUUGAUGCUAAACUGGGAUCCUCAGCAGAGAGGAGGACCUGUUGAUCUUACUUUGAAGCAGCCAAGAUGUUUUGUAUUAAUGGAUCACAUUCUGAAUUUGAAGAUAGUACAUAUACUAAAUAUGACUUCUGCCAAGAUAAUUUCUUUUCUGUUACCACCUGAUGAAAGUCUUCAUUCACUACAGUCUCGUAUUGAGCGGGAAACUGGAAUAAAUACUGGUUCUCAAGAGCUUCUUUCAGAGAUGGGAAUUUCUCUGGAUCCUCGGAAACCGGCCUCUCAGUGUGUUCUAGAUGGAGUUAGGGGCUGUGAUAGCUAUAUGGUUUAUUUGUUUGAUAAAAGUAAGACUGUAUAUGAAGGACCAUUUGCUUCCAGAAGUUUAUCUGACUGUGUAAAUUAUAUUGUACAGGACAGCAAAAUACAGCUUCCAAUUAUCCAGCUGCGUAAAGUAUGGGCUGAAGCAGUACACUAUGUAUCUGGGCUGAAAGAAGACUACAGCAGGCUCUUUCAGGGACAGAGAGCAGCCAUGUUAAGUCUUCUUAGAUAUAAUACUAACUUGACAAAAAUGAAGAAUACUUUGAUCUCAGCAUCUCAGCAACUGAAAGCUAAAUUGGAGUUUUUUCACAAAAGCAUUCAGCUUGACUUGGAAAGAUAUAGUGAGCAGAUGACUUACGGGAUAUCCUCAGAAAAAAUGUUAAAAGCAUGGAAAGAAAUGGAAGAAAAGGCUAUCCACUAUGCUGAGGUGGGUGUUAUUGGAUACCUGGAGGAUCAGAUCAUGUCCCUGCACACUGAAAUCAUGGAGCUACAGAAGAGCCCCUACGGACGACGUCAGGGAGACUUGAUGGAAUCUCUGGAACAGCGUGCAAUUGAUCUAUAUAAACAGUUAAAGCACAGACCUUCAGAUCACUCCUACAGCGACAGCACGGAGAUGGUGAAAAUCAUUGUGCAUACUGUGCAGAGUCAGGACCGCGUUCUCAAGGAGCUGUUUGGUCAUCUGAGCAAGUUGUUGGGCUGUAAGCAGAAGAUUAUUGAUCUACUGCCCAAGGUGGAAAUGGCCCUCAGUAACAUCAAAGAAGCUGACAAUACUGUCAUGUUUAUGCAGGGAAAGAGACAGAAAGAAAUAUGGCAUCUCCUUAAAAUUGCCUGUACACAGAGUUCUGCCCGGUCUCUAGGAUCCAGUCUAGAAGGUGUAACCCCUCAGCUGCCCCCAGCUUCAGCAGAACGUGAACAUCCUCUGUCAUGCGUGGUAACUCCUCAAGAUGGGGAGACUUUAGCACAAAUGAUAGAAGAAAAUUUGAACUGUCUUGGCCAUUUAAGCACUAUUAUUCAUGAAGCAAAUGAAAAACAGGGCAACAGUAUGAUGAGUCUUGAUUGGAGUUGGUUAACAGAAUGA